AUGGGGCGGCCGCCUGCUCCCGCCAAGGCCUUCGCAGGAGUCGAGAGCAGCCGCUCCGAGCUCGCUGGGGCGCCAGGGGGAGCUCGCGGCGCUCCGAACGCCGAGGGCAGUGGCCGCUGGGUGCGCACCUGCCCCGCCUCCGCCAGGCGGGCCUCGGGGCAUGCAGCGGGCCGGGGCGGGGCUCGUAGAAUCGGCCCGUGCGAUCCCGCCUCCCUCCGGUUGCAGGUCGUGGAUGACGACCGGCCUGAGCUAGUGCCGGGUGGGGUGCGUGAGCUCGCGCUCUUCCUGACCCCGGAGCCCGGAGCGGAGGCAAGGGAGGUGGAGGCAGCCAUUGAGGGGAUGCUCCUCCUGCUGGAAGAGUUGUGCAGUCUGACGGACAUGGCCCGCAUUGUCCUGGCCGGCCAUCUUCACUCCAUCGGGCCCCAGCACCCACCCCCAGGCUUCCAGGCCCGGGGCGAUCCAGAGCGACAGCUCUUGGAGGAGAAUGUUCUGCUCCUGAAAGUCAAAGUGAUGGAAGUGCGAGGCAUCUGCGCCAAAGUGGACCCGCUGGAGGUACCGCUCUCCUCCUUCCUCAGGAUGGUGGGGCACCAUGAUGCAUUCCUAGGAGUGCAAGGGCUGCAGGCCGAGCGUGACUGCGCCUUUCCGCAGGCCCUGCGCAGGUGGCUGGGCUCCGUAGUGCUCCCACCCUUCAGGACCUUGAGUAUCUGCUGA